GCACCAUCGCACCAUGUGAUCCAGUAUAUAAACGGCCGGAGGCAAGGGGAAGACGUGCAGAUCCGCCCAUUCUUCCACACAAUGAAGAUCACCAUUCUAGGUACGCUGCUAGUGUUGGCCUCCGGCGCCAAGCUGGAUAAUGUGCUCGGCUCAGGCCACUCGGAGCAACACUUCCAACGCACACCUAAUAACAACCUGGUCCACAUCAAGUACGGGGAGCUCCACAGCACUCACUCCAACCUUGGUCACGGUGACAGACAGACCCAUAGUGUCUCCACAAACCAGUCUCACAGUCUCUCGGUUAACCAAGGCCACAGUUUGUCAGGUAGUCAGUCUCACAGUCUCUCCGCCCACCAGGGUCACAGUCUGUCAGGCAGCCAGUCUCACAGUCUCUCUGCCAACCAAGGCCAUAGUCUGUCAGGCAGCCAGUCUCACAGUCUCUCUGCCAACCAAGGCCAUAGUCUGUCAGGCAGCCAGUCUCACAGUCUCUCUGCCAACCAAGGCCAUAGUCUGUCAGGUAGUCAGUCUCACAGUCUCUCUGCCCACCAGGGUCACAGUCUGUCAGGCAGCCAGUCUCACAGUCUCUCUGCCAACCAAGGCCAUAGUCUGUCAGGCAGCCAGUCUCACAGUCUCUCUGCCAACCAAGGCCAUAGACUGUCAGGCAGCCAGUCUCACAGUCUCUCUGCCAACCAAGGCCAUAGUCUGUCAGGCAGCCAGUCUCACAGUCUCUCCAUCAACCAAAAUUCCCAGCACCUUAGCGGACAACAAGGCAGCAUUCAGCUCGCUUCAGACAACCAACAGGCCGUAACACAGACUCAAGCGGUCAUUACCCAGAGAGUAACUCAGGACAGAAACCAAUUCCCUGCCCAGAACCAACAGGCGAACAGGAACCAGUUCUCUGCCCAGAACCAACAGGCUAACAGGAACCAGUUCUCUGCCCAGAACCAACAGGCUAACAGGAACCAGUUCUCUGCCCAGAACCAACAGGCUAACAGGAACCAGUUCUCUGCCCAGAACCAACAGGCUAACAGGAACCAGUUCUCUGCCCAGAACCAACAGGCUAACAGGAACCAGUUCUCUGCCCAGAACCACCAGGCUAACAGGAACCAGUUCUCUGCCCAGAACCAACAGGCUAACAGGAACCAGUUCUCUGCCCAGAACCAACAGGCUAACAGGAACCAGUUCUCUGCCCAGAACCACCAGGCUAACAGGAACCAGUUUACUACCCAACAGGCUAACAGGAAUCAAUUAUCUGCCCAGACCCAACAGGCUAACAGAAACCAGUUCUCUACACAACAGGCUAACAAAAACCAGUUCUCUACCCAAGCCAACAGGAAUCAGAUCUCUGUCAUUACUCACGCGAACAGGAACCAGCUCUCUGCCCAGAACCAACAGGCCAACAGGAACCAGUAUUCUGCCCAGACCCAGCAGGCUAACAGAGACCAGUUCUCUGCCCAACAGGCCGACAGGAACCAGUUUUCUACCCAGACCCAACAGGCCAACAGGAACCAGUUCUCUACCCAGACCCAACAGGCCAACAGGAACCAGUUCUCUGCUCGACAGGCCAACAGGAACCAGUUCUCUGCCCAACAGGCCAACAGGAACCAGUUCAAUGCCCAGAAUCAACAGUCAUUCAGUUCUCAGGUAUCCAGGCAGAGUCAGUUAUCUAACGGCAAUAAUGAUCAACUCAGGAGUGAACGAUUCAGCUUCAACAAAAACAAAUUCUCGAACCCCGACCUCGGAGACCAGAACCAGCAGCAGAACACUCAACUUCUCUCUAGACAGAACCUAGAGUCCAGCAGGUUCCAGACUGGACAGAACCAAGAGAGGAACAGGUUUCAAUCAUCCCAGACUCCCAGCUUCCAGAACCAACAGGGACACUCAACUUCUGUCGGAAAUCAAGUUGUCAGCAAGGAACAACACCAGAACACUGAUGGCCGCCUCCACACCUUCAGCGGUCAAUUCCAAACUUCAGGAAAUCAGCACCAGACUUCUAACCAACAAGUCCAUUCUACCAGUAAUCACAUCCAGGACUCCCAAAAUGCUCAGCUCAGUACCAACUUCCUCAACUCUCAGAUGACGCAGAUCUCAGGUCACAUCGAGAACGUGAAUGGGGACACAGUAUUGGGAGUGUUCCAGUCCUUCAUCGUGCCCACCACCUCCUCUCUGGCUGAGGGGCAGGUCUCAACCUCCUUCUCGUGCUCGAGGUACGGGCAGGGUUACUACUCAGACUCUGAGAGCGGGUGCCGUAAGUUCCAUGUGUGCACUCCAGUCCGCGACACCCAGGACACCACCACACUCUAUCGCUUCACGUUCCAAUGUAACGAGAAUGAACAGUUCGACCAGAGCUCCUUUACCUGCUCCCGAUCCUCUGCCUCCUGUGCCUCCGCCUCCUCCCUCUUCACUAAUAGCAAGCAGAAUACCCAAGCAUUCUUCUCCGAGUUCUCCACCCCUACUGAGCUGACAAGAGACAGAGGCUUGUGUUAUUUGGCCCGCGGCACUGUCAUUACCGGAGUGCGCCGCAAGUAAUUGCAGCACUCAAUCCAGUCACCAACACGACUCGCGACGCUGCACCACUUAUCCCGCCUGACACCUACACCUCACCCCACCUCUUAGGACUAUGGAAACUAUUGAGUUUCGUCUCCAAUACAUAAAGAAAAAAUAAGCCAAUAAAAAGAGCAGAA